GUGCAUUUGGUGCACUUUUCCAGAGAACAGCUCUGGGAAGACUAGCUUCUUAGCUCUUCCACGUGUUGGCCGAGGGCUCCUCGAGGAAGGCUUACCCGACUCUUGCAAGCCUCCCGAGCCGGCCAGCUUCCCGCUAGCCCCACUGCCCUCAGCCUCCACCGGGCUGGGUAGAAGCGGCCGCCCGCGGGGCCGGCGCGGUAACCCCGCCUUCCGCACCCCGCAGGGGUGGAGCCUGAGCGAGGAGGCCGCGAGCAGCCCUCUCUCCCCGGAUGACGAGUGGCAGGAUAACAUGGAGUCGGGCAAGAUGGCGCCUCCUAAGAACGCUCCGAGAGAUGCUUUGGUGAUGGCACAGAUCCUAAAGGAUAUGGGAAUUACAGAGUAUGAACCAAGGGUUAUAAAUCAGAUGUUGGAAUUUGCUUUCCGAUAUGUGACUACAAUUUUGGAUGAUGCAAAAAUUUAUUCCAGCCAUGCUAAGAAACCUAAUGUUGACGCAGAUGAUGUGAGACUGGCAAUCCAGUGUCGGGCUGAUCAAUCUUUUACCUCUCCUCCCCCGAGAGAUUUUUUACUGGAUAUUGCAAGGCAGAAAAAUCAAACCCCUUUACCACUGAUUAAGCCAUAUGCAGGACCCAGACUACCACCUGACAGAUACUGCUUAACAGCUCCAAACUAUAGGCUGAAGUCCUUAGUUAAAAAGGGAGCUAACCAAGGAAGACUAGUUCCACGGUUAAGUGUUGGUGCUGUUAGCAGCAGACCUACCACUCCUACUAUAGCAACCCCGCAAACAGUGUCUGUCCCAAAUAAAGUUGCACCUCCAGCAUCAGUGACAAGCCAAAGAUUUACAGUGCAGAUUCCACCUUCUCAGUCCACACCUGCCAAACCAGUUCCUGCAACAACUGCAGUUCAAAAUGUUCUGAUUAAUCCUUCAAUGAUUGGGCCCAAAAAUAUUCUUAUUACCACCAACAUGGUUUCAUCACAGAACAUGGCCAAUGAAUCAAACCCAUUGAAGAGAAAACAUGAAGAUGAUGAUGACAAUGAUACUAUGUAAAGAAUAUAGUCUAGUCUAGAUGCAUUUCAAACUUGUAGUUGGUUUUGAGCCCAGUAUACUUAAAUAGAACAUUCUAGAUCUCCUCAAGUUUUAUCUUAGAAAACUUAAAUAUAGCAGCAAUAUUUUUCACAUUAGGUUAAACUGUUAGAUUUCCUAAGUAAGGGUACCAAUGCUUUUUCAUUAGGCUUUAAGUAUAAAAAGUACUUGUUUCUUAAUAUUUUCAUUAAUGUUGAGUCCUACUAUGGCAGUUCUGUUUUUGAAAGCAGUUUUCUGCCAUGUAUCACUGACAGCAGCAUUGAAGUUUCAGUUUCUACAGCCUGAUCAGUGGACUCAUCUUUAACAGCGUAAUUUCUAAUCUACAUUUAAAUACUUCCUUUUGUAAGGUAAAAUAGACACCUUGUCACCAACUUUUUUGACCAAAUCUCUCAAUUUAGAAAACAUUUUUUGGAGAGGAUGUAUUUAGAGGGAUUCUAAAUCCAUUUUGAAUAUAUUUAAGUUGUUUCUUGGUGUUCCCUAACCUCCGCCUCCUCAACCCCAUUUCUAGAUCCCAUUUGUUUUAUGCACCACCUCCUCCCAGUAGGCGUAAGUUUCUCCCCAUUGCUCUUAAAUUUAAAAGGCCAAAACUGGAAUUUUAAAAAUAUCAUUCCUGAUAAUACAGCUAAGUGUCAUUUUCAUAUUUUUAAAACCUGCUUUACAUGCCCGAUGUUCUAUGGUUCACUUGAACCUGAAGGUUUGCAUUUGCUUUGUUUUUCUCUUCAUACUGGAGCAGUUGAGUUUUAUCCUAUGCCUUUUAUGCCCAUUAAGCUUUAUUCUGCUUUUUACAUAGUUUUGGGUCAGUUACAUUAAGUUUCAGUCUUAUAUUCCAAGUUGAUAACCCCACCAUAUUUCACAUUUCUAAAUUUAACAUAGAAGAUGCUAUAGCUUAAAAUCUGCCUUCAUAAGUAUAUUUACACUGGACCUAGGCAAAACCACUGUAGUGUUUUCUUUUUACCACAUGCAUUUAUGCUUUGAGCACUACUGCUUGAACCCUCCUGUUGGUAUAAUUCAGAUCAUUUUUCUAGCUUGUUGCUGAGGAUAUCACACAUAAGAUGGGAUCAAACCUGAAAGUUUUCUAGGUUGUGCCUUCCUCUAGAAGGCCAACAACAAAAACAAAUUAGUGUGAUAUGACUUGCAUUUAGAUGCACUCUGCAUAAGUUUCCCACUAAUGUUCUAAUGUUGCUAAACACCUUUCCCUAUUUUCCAUUUAUACACGUCUAAACAUCUUAUUGGGAAAGAUUGCAAAGCUUUCAAAAAUAUAAACAGGCUUGUGUUGUUUAAGUUUGACCUAUUGAACAUAGGAAUAUUCUUGCAGAAUUUUCUAAAAUAUAUUUUCUUAUCAUAAUUUAGAACUUGUAGCCAAGGAUCCUCAAAACUUAAAACACAAUUAAGUUUCACCUUAGGAUGGUGCUUGAUACGUUGAACAGAAAUAGUCCAGUAACAGGGAAGAAAUGUCCCAUCACAGUUUGUUUUUGGGUGUUAGGAAAAGGUGAUAUCAAACUUAUAAAAACAGAUCUGAUCAACAUCAUAGGAGAAAACUGUUCAUGAUAUAGCAUAGGAUAUUGUUACUUGAAUGUUCUUAGGGAGGCAGCAUGUCAAAAGGCCUAGGUUCUAGUCCUGGCUCCAUCAUUUACCAACUGUGUGACCUUACUUCACCUCUGAGCCUUGUUCUCUUCACUAGUUUAAUAGGAAAAUAACACCAACCCUGCCUACCUCACAGGGAUGUUGUGAGGGUCUAAUUGGUAUAUGUGAAACUUCUUUCAAAAUUAUAAAAUGCUAUAUAACUCUAAGAAAUUGUUAAUGUAUUUGUUCCAAGAUUAUUAAUAAAAAAAAUUGAACUUAUAAUUUAUCUUUCAUUUUUGACUUAAAGGAUUCAAGGAAGAUGAACAAGGCCCAGUAAUUCUGAGGUCCAAAAAGCAAUUAAGAUUUGUCUAAUGGAUGAAUUAAUUAUAAAUGAGGGAAUUGAUUGCUUUUAUUUGGAACCAGCAUGUGACUCAUCAUAGUAAAGCAAAAUAAAAAUGAAAGAAUGUGGGUUUAAAUCUGUUAAAAACAUAACAUGCUGUCUU